AUGGUUAGAGUGCGUGAUUUUCAACACUCCUUUUUACUUUAUUGCAACGCUCAAAAAGUAAAUUCAUUAAACACUGAAACAACUGUUGAAUUUGGUUCCAAUGAUGGAAAUACGAUUGACAACCCACCAAUUAUUGAUUUAGAUGAAUUUGACUCUAUCUUAGAAAAAACAACAAGUAAAAUCAAUGAUAACGAAUACGAUCCAUUGAAUAAUAGGGAAGUUAAAACUAAAACAAAUAAAGAAACUGUAAACAUUGAUGUUAUAUCUAUAAAUUCUAACGAUGAAGUUGCUGGUUUUGAAUCUAACAAUGUUAAUUGUAUUGAUGUGAAUGAUGAUUCUUCAGAUAAUUGUAGCUACCAUUCUUCAGAUUUUGAAUUCAUUACUGAGGAAGAGGCGAAUAUUGAUGGUUUUAUAAUUAACUUUAGAGCUAAAACUGUGAAUAAAAAACAAGCAGAAUUUGAUAAACUGAAAAAUGCGUCUGGAAUAAAUUUUCAUAGACAUUAUUUACCUGGUACUAGUAGAGUAGAAUAUGCUGACGAGUUCAGUUAUAGAGAAAACCACAUUAUACCUGAAGGUGAUGAAUAUUUGAGUUUAUUUCAAGGAAUAUACGCUCCUGUAUUUGCACCUUUACAUUUUAUGGAGAAUAAAUCUGUUCGAUCUAAUUGUAUGAACGUAGAAUUUGAAGGUAUAGGUUUCGAUAUGAAGUUAUUGAAUAAAAAGAAUAUGGAAGAUACAACAGAAGAAGCGUAUAAGGAAGAAGCAGAAGAAAGUGCUAGGAAAAUUCUAGAAAUGUAUCCGGCAGACAAUAGAAAACGCAGGAGGCGGUUUUAA